AGCUACGAAACCCACGUGAUAUAAGAUAAACAAAUAUUGUUCCUAGAACCCACCUCGUUUUUAUCACUCGUCUGGCAAACACGUUGUUACAUCGUCAGUCUUUUUCUAGGUUUUCUCCUUUCAUUUAGGGAAUUGAUGCUAUUAAAUUUCGAUGACUUAAGGUCGUUGAAGUGGAGAGUUAAUGGAGUCGUAUAUAUUUCCAUUGGGGUGAAUGCACUCAUAGGGCGCGGUGACACAAACACAUUUUCGCCGCACGACUGCACAAGUACCCUACUUACAUUUCGGCGUAUCCAUACAGUAUUCAAGAUGGCAAACGAUACCGACACUUCCGUUAUCCACGUGUUUACAAAUUUUGUUUCGUACGGCUCGCUUUAUUUAACUAGAAGAUUUUGAAUGACAGAUAUUUUUUUGGAUCGAGAAGAACUGGUGUACAAAAUACGCUUAUUCCUCGAUGAAGAUCUGUCGAUGAACAAUACUAUUUCGACUAACAUUCGUUUGGAUUUUCCUUUAAAUUAAAUUAUAUGUCAUUAUUUUCGUAGAAUUUGUGUUAAAUUUAUUAUCUUUUCUUUAUUUAAUGUCAUUCAUCUAUAAGAAGCUGACUUUUAAGGGAAAUAAGUUAAUUGCGCGUCAGGAAAUGCCUAGAGACUAAUCAUAUGUGGGUUGUGGCGACGAAGGCAGAGACGACAAGUGUGUUACAUGUCCCGUUUAUUUUAACACCAAAAGCCAUUUUAAAACCAGUUUAGCCAUUAAAACCCCACGUGAUAUUAUUUUCUCACGUGACUACCAGACGAACCGUUAUUGGCUGAUAGAAACGCGUCAUGGCGGACUUAAUGACGACUUUACUCGUACGUUUUAAGAACAACACUAUUAGCUAUAUAACAAGUGAUAUUGUAGCGGAAAAGUGUCACGUGUUCUAGACACGUGCACAACUCCAGUUUCUUCCGUCAACCAUGAAAGUGCAUCCCUAAUUUAUUGCUACAACGGGAACAAUAAUUUCUGACAUACGAGAAUAUCGUAAAUGGAGAAAAUGAAGAUAAAACAAGAGUUAGAAACGAAAUAUUCGGACUUCACAAUUGAACGAAACGAAGAAAAAUUUGAAGUUGAUUUAAAGAAUUUCAAGAAAAAAUUUAAUACAGAUGUGAAGUGUUAUAAAACAAUUAAAUCAGAACCAUUACAGAUAAAUAUUAAAGGUAAACCAAUUUCCACAAACAAUACAAACGGAUCCACUAUUUGGAGUCAUUCUGGUUAUAAAAUCGAAAGAGAUAUCAAGAAAGAAGAAGUAAAAAGAAACUGUGAUGUAAAACAUGGUAUAAAAACAGAAUGUAAAGUUGUUUUGAAAAAAUUGAAAUUUGAAUUAAAGACUGAAGAUUGUAAAGAAGUUGUUCAUCUUCCAGAUGAUAAUGAACAGGUAAUGCCUGUCAACAAUGAAUUCUUCACUCCGGACGAAAACUUUAACAGGAAUGAAAUGAAUAUUCAAAUUGAGGAGGAAGAGCAAAAUCAGGAAUACGAUAUUCAGCAAAAUUCAGAAAAACAAAAACAUUUUAAAUGUAAUAUCAAAACAAAGAUAUACGUUCCUUCGACUAGAAAACGCAAUACAAUUCAUGAUAUAAUUAAAAGAAAAUACUUCAAGAUUUUGUUUUCAUCUUAUUCUAAACAGGAAUUUACGUGUGAUUUAUGUAAAAAGACUUUUACAAAUAAGAGAAUAUUAGAAACACAUCUGUUCUGUCAUAUUAGAAAAAAACCAUUUCGCUGCACAACGUGCAAUAAGAGGUUUUGCUGGCAAUUUCUUUUGCGAAGACACAUAAAAGAGCACAAUACUGGAAAUGAAAACGAAAUCUCUCUUAGGAAUUUACUUUUGCAGCCAUCUAGGAAUGAAAUGAAGUCAUCUCCAAGAAAUGGUAAAGUUCAUGCCUGCAAGAUAUGUGGAAAAGAAUGUAAGCUUAAAAACAGUUUGUUACGUCAUAAACUAACGCAUAGUGAAGAUCGUCCUUUCAAAUGCGAUAUUUGCAAUAAGAGUUUUAAAUGUAAAAAUCAGGUGAAAAAGCAUCAGAAAACUCAUAGUGAUGAACGUAACUAUUCUUGUGAAAUAUGUAACAAAUAUUUUAAAACAAAACAGUAUUUGCGACAGCAUAAACGUAUUCAUAGUAAAAAAUCUAAUAUCAAACAGGAAAACGUGUAUUGCGACAUUUGUGGUAAGCGCGUUCCAUAUGGUAAGGGCCGUUUAGAGAUACACAAGAGAAUACACAAAACUUAUGCCUGCAAAAUAUGUGGAAAAGAUUUUAAGUGGAAAUAUAUGUUGUUGCAACAUCAACGAACGCAUAGUGAAGACCGUCCUUUCAAAUGCGAUAUUUGUAAUAUGAGCUUUAAAUGGAAAGACCAAGUAAAAACUCAUAAAAAAAUCCAUAGUGAAGAACGUCCUUUCAAAUGCGAUAUUUGUAAUAAAGCUUUCAAAUGGGCCAGAAAGAAAUACCAGAAAGAAAUAGGAAAAGUUUUAGAAUUGAAUACGAUAAAAGAGAUGGAAAUGGACUAA